GUGAAGGGAGCGCGGCGCCAUGCGGGGCUCGAGGCUGGGGCUGGGGCUGGGGCUGCUGCUGGGCGCGGCGUGGGUGGCGUGCGGGCAGAACGAGACGGAGCCCAUCGUGCUGGAGGGCAAGUGCCUCGUGGUGUGCGACUCCAACCCCACCUCCGACCCCACCGGCACGGCGCUCGGCAUCUCCGUGCGCUCCGGCAGCGCCAAGGUCGCCUUCUCCGCCAUCCGUAGCACCAACCACGAGCCCUCCGAGAUGAGCAACCGCACCAUGAUCAUCUACUUCGACCAGGUACUAGUGAAUAUCGGCAGCAACUUCGACUCGGAGCGGAGCACUUUCAUCGCGCCCAGGAAAGGGAUUUACAGUUUCAAUUUUCACGUGGUGAAAGUGUAUAACAGGCAAACCAUCCAGGUGAGUUUGAUGCUAAACGGGUGGCCAGUGAUUUCUGCCUUUGCAGGGGACCAAGAUGUGACCCGUGAAGCUGCUAGCAAUGGAGUACUGAUUCAGAUGGAGAAAGGAGACAGAGCUUAUCUAAAACUGGAGAGAGGAAACUUGAUGGGAGGCUGGAAGUAUUCAACAUUCUCUGGAUUUCUAGUGUUCCCGCUUUAAAUUACUUCUCAUCCAAGAAAAGGAAGAAAUCUCUUACAAGUUCCCAAGUCAAAGCUGGGUUUGAAGAGUCAUGGACAGCAGACUUUUUACAUCAAAUAUUAAAGAAGCUUAAUCCUGCUUAGGUUUGUGUACAUCUGCUUUGAAGAAUUACUACUUAUUUUUGUUGUGUUGCAGCCAACAGGCGGGAGACACUAUAAUUGAUCAAACCCCCAUUUAUAUUCUUCUCUCUCCUCCCACAAAAUUAGUUCCCAUCUCUGUGUCAUUGGUGUAAUCUGCCAUUGUUCCCCCAUGGCUUCUGCCUCACACAAGUAGACUUUAGAUAUUUUCAUUGUUCUUUACAGCAUAUUUUGUAGUUUUGUUUUUAAAACAUGUUAAUCUUGACUCUUUCUCUGAGUUUAACUUUUAAAAAAAGAAAAAAGCAAAGUAUUUUUUGAAUACAUGGAUGCCAUGAUGGAAGGGAAAAUGCAAUUCUUGCUGUGUACUGGCUGGCAAAAGGAAAAAAUUUCUACAUGAAGAACUAUCCACAGCCAAGGCUGACUAGAGUAUUUCACUAUUUCUAUGUAAUUCUGAGUGAUUGUGAAAUUUAAGGCUGCUAAAUGUUUUGAUGCUUGUUUUGCUCUUGUACAACGUGGCCCAACUAAACGCCAGGAAGUAUAUUGAACUUUUACUAUUACUCUGUAAUAUAUGUGUGAAUAUUGAAAAUUAAUUUUUGCUUUAAUUCAAUAAAGUUUAAAUGGGACUUUUA